CAGAAGUUUGUUAAUGUCCACCUUAACUAAUUCAUUUUGUGCGGCUAUCUUGUGUGCUAGAAUAACACACUUGCUUCACCGUCACAAAUGGAUCAGACAGCUGGCCCCUGGGUUAAUAUUUUUGCACGCUUCUUCUACUUCUAUUCCAACACAUUUCAAACUAACUAAAACUAACGAGUUUAAGAUCGCGUUUUAUAACAAAAGGUAUCACUUACACACAUCCAUACCAGAGACACCUUCCCGUCCCGUUCGGCUCGUGAUAAGAUAACAAAAAACCCACUGCCAAGUGUGUGGCACUUACGACAAUCACGUUUAGUCUGCAUCAUCUUGCGAAACCACGAUGGAGUUCCUUCUGGGUGGCUUCUCGUCCUGCUGUGCGGUUUUGUUCACGAAUCCGUUUGAUGUGCUCAAGACUCGGCAGCAGCUGGAAGGGGAACUGCUUGCGAGACAGAACAUUGGGAAACGGGUGUACAAAGGCUUCCGUCAAUCGAUCGUAUCGGUGAUUCGCACCGACGGACUUCGAGGACUUCAGAAGGGUCUACCGGCGGCUGUGCUGUACCAAUUUUCGAUGAACAGUGUUCGACUGGGAACAUACCAAACGGUGGACAAUCUCGGAUGGACGAGAAGUGAGAAUGCGUUGCUCUCACCCCUGUUGCCAGUGUUCUGGGGCGCAUUUGCCGGAGUCGCGAGUGCGACAAUUUCCUGUCCGGUGUAUGUGGUGAAGACCCAACAACAGGCGGUCAGUAGUGGAAGUUACACGGCCAAAUUCCAACAUCGGCACACCGGAAUGAUGUCGGCGCUGGUCAACAUGUACCGAGAAGGUGGCUUCCGAGGAUUGUACCGAGGGUACACCGCGAACUUGGCACGAGUUUCGAUGGGGUCAUCCACUCAGAUGGCAUCCUUCGCGGCGUGCAAAGAUUUCUUCACGAGGUAUGAGAUGUUUCGAGAAUCCGUUGUGCUGACAGCGAUGGCCAGCAGUACCGUUGCAGGCCUUUUCACUUCGGUACUAAUGUCGCCAUGUGACGUUGUGACCACUAGGAUGACUAAUCAAGGUGUAUCUUCGUCUGGCAAAGGACUGUUGUACAACAAUAUUUUCGAUUGCUUUGUGAAAAUCUACCGAUCGGAAGGAGCUCAUGGAUUUUACAAAGGCUUUGUGCCACUGUAUGCGAGGGUUGCUCCCCAUACCAUGCUGAAUUUGACUUUCUGGGAGUUCUUCAAAAGUCUACACAAACGUUACUCAGUGGAAAGUUUGUAGCUUCCCUACUAUUAUAAUUCCGGAAAAGAUCUGACG